AAAAGACAUAGUAUAUAAACCAUGAAAGAAAAGAAUAGUAAAAUUAGAAGUUCCUCCACCACUAAACAAAACCAAUCCAUUCCAUUCAACUUCACAAUCCACCCAAUCCAACCCAAAGAAAAAGAAACCAGCACUCUCCAUAAAUCAAUGGCUACAACCAAGCUUCUAUUAUCAUUCCCUCUCUUCCAACUGCAACUCCUCCCCACCACCACCACCACCACCACCGCCGCCACCGCCAAAAUCAAUCCUUCAUUCAGUUUCCAGCACCGUAAUGGAUUCUCCCCACUCCGCUCCAUGCCUAACGAUUUCUUGGGGGAUUUUGGAGCCAGAGACCCUUUCCCAGCCGAGGUUGAAAGUAAAUUCGGAGAUAAAGUUCUAGGUAGUUACAACACGGAACACAAAAUCCUCAUCCCCAAUAUCUCGGCUCUUUCUCUUUCUCAACAGGAUUGUCUUCCCAUUUCACCUCUACAGUCUCCUCUUUCCAUAGACGAUGCUAACCAGCUUAUAAGAAAGGUUUUGGGUUGGAGACUUGUGAAUGAGGAAGGAGUACUUAAACUCAGAUGUCUGUGGAAAUUGAGAGAUUUUAAAUGCGGAGUCGAACUCAUUAACAGAAUCUCUAAGGUCGUAGAGAAUACAGGCCAUUUCCCCAAUAUACACAUAGAACAGCCAAAUCAAGUCAGAGCAGAGCUAUCGACAACAUCCAUUGGUGGAUUGAGUAUGAAUGAUUUCAUUGUAGCUGCAAAGAUAGAUGCAAUAAAGACAUCAGAUCUUGUCCCAAGGAAAAGAGUUUGGGCUUAAUGCUCCAUGAGUUAUCACUAUUUUGUGUUAUUUGAUGAAAUCUAUUAUUCUUUGCUUUCUUUUUUAAGUCUUUAUACAUGUUAGAUGCUUUUUCAUUUUUGUGUUUGGUAAGUGUAAUUUUGAGUUUGAGGGUUCAAGUGUUCAACUAAGAAUUAAACAUUAGUACCUACCUUCCAUAUUAUAAGAUGUUUUUUAUAGAGAUAA